GGACGCGGUGGCUUGCAGCUGGAGGAGGGUUGCGGGGAGGGCUGAGGCAGCAAAAACAAAAUAAUAAAUUGUUCUUUCGCAGUCGGACGGAUUAAAAGUGUUUCAACUCCGCAGAUUAGAUGACCGAAGGACCGAGGGUCGCCAGGAAGAUGCGCUGCGUCCGCGGGGCUUGCGGCUGCUUCUGCGGCGGCGGCGCGCCAUCCGAGCCCGGGGUGAGCAGCGGCGACGCGCAGGCACAGCGCUCGUAGAUGGCUGCGGGGCCCGGGGUCCAAUACAGGUGUCCGGGAAGUGUCGUCACGAGUGGUCGCCGGGGGAGGGGGCAACGUCCGAGGGUAAGAUGGCAGCGAAGUCCGACGGCCGAGGGGUCGUCACCGGCUUCGCCCAGCUGCGCAACCUGGACGAGGUGGUGGGCACCGGGGAGGAGGGCCCCGACAACGGCAGCUCCUUCCACAUCUGCCACUGCUGCAACACCUCGUCGUGCUACUGGGGCUGCCGGAGCGCCUGCCUGCACUACCUCCGGUCCAGGCGGAGGGAGGCGGCGCGGCCACCGCAGGAAGAGCAGCGCCUCUGGCUGGACUGCCUGUGGAUCGUCCUGGCCCUGCUGGUCUUUUUCUGGGACGUGGGGAGCGACGUGUGGCUCGCCGCGCACUACUACCGCAGCCAGGACUUCCUGUGGUCGGGCAUGACCCUCUUCUUUGUGUUGGUGCCCUCGGUCCUGGUGCAGAUCCUCAGCUUCAGGUGGUUCGUGCAGGAUUACACGGAGGGCGGACUGGGCUCCGUGCAGGGUUUGAGUAGUCGCAGAGCCGCGGCCAGUCUGCACAGGGACCGCUGCUGUCGCCUCUCGGUGUGGGUCUGGCAGAGCCUCCUGCAUGUCUUUCAGAUGGGACAGGUGUGGAGGUACAUCCGCACUAUGUACCUGGGCAUCCAAAGCCACCGGCAGAAGGAGAACCAGCGUCGCUUUUACUGGGCUAUGAUGUACGAGUACGCCGACGUCAACAUGCUGCGGCUGCUGGAGACCUUCCUGGAGAGCGCUCCUCAGCUGGUGCUGCAGCUCUGCAUCAUGAUCCAGAGCAACCAGGCCGAGUGGCUGCAGUGUUCUUCUGCCAUGUCCUCCCUCCUGUCUCUGUCCUGGGUGCUAGCGUCCUACCACAAGCUCCUGCGCGACUCCCGCGACGACAAGAAGAGCAUGAGCUAUCGCGGCGCUCUGGUGCAUCUCUUCUGGCGUCUCUUCACCAUCUCCUCCCGGGUGCUCUCCUUCGCCCUGUUCGCCUCCGUUUUCCACAUCUACUUUGGCAUUUUCGUGGUGCUCCACUGGUGCGCCAUGGCUUUCUGGGUCAUCCAUGGCGGCACCGACUUCUGCAUGUCCAAGUGGGAGGAGGUGCUGUUCAACAUGGUGGUGGGCGUGGUGUACGUCUUCUGCUGGUUCAACGUGCGUGAGGGGCGGACACGCUACCGCAUGGUGGCCUACUACACCGUGGUGCUGCUAGAGAACGCCCUCCUCAGUUCGCUGUGGUACGCGUACCGCGACCCGGCCACCACUGACGCCUAUGCCUCUUAUGCCCUCUGUGGCGUCUUCCUGUGCUUUGCCUCAGGUGUGGCCUGCAUGGUCCUCUACUACGGGGUCCUACACCCCAUGGGCCCCCGCCUGAGGGUCUUGGCCAGCUCCUGUUGCGCCGAACUGCUUUGGGGUCUCCCGUUACCCCCCGAGGCCGAGCCCAUGGCCCCCACACCUGGCCCGCGGGGCUCCCAGGCCACCCCGACUAGGGGGCUGGCGGGGGAACACGCGGAGCCCGACGAAACCGCCACAGACACCUGCCUUCCUGUUUUUCAGGUGAGGUCCACAGAGCCCGUGGACGCAUCCGGCAGGCCCAUCCAACCCGAAGGCCCCCUCAUUAAAGUAGACAUGCCCAGAAAGCGCUACCCAGCCUGGGACGCACACUUUGUGGAUCGACGCCUGCGCAGGACCAUCAACGUGCUGCAGUACGUCAGCCCCCACGCGGUGGGCAUCAGGUACAGGGACGGCCCGCUUCUCUAUGAACUCCUGCAGUACGAAUCGUCGUUCUGAAGGCUUCCUCGGCUCUCUUACAGUCCAAACACACGUUCAUGAUUUAUUUUUGGAGAAAAAAAACCCACACAAAGAGGAAAAUCUGAUGAAGCCGCAUAUGCAGAAUAGAAGGAGGGCUGCGUGUGUAGAUAACAUGAAUGUUGCAUACCACACUAUAUGUCCCCCGUCACGCCUAAAGGGAAUGUUGGAGGAGAGUCUCAGAAGGAUGCCCCCCCCACACACACACACACACACAUCCUUAACUUUUACUGCCAUUUUUGAUGUAAAUAAUGUAUGAUUUACCAACCGAGCUCCUUAAGGCCUCCAUUUCUAGCAGGAUGUUGCAAAUUGGGAGGAAGAUUUCCCUCCUGUGAGCUCUCCUGGCUGUUCUAUUUUGGUUGCAAAAUCCUAAAUCGUAAUCACAUCAUGUAUGGCGAGAGAGCGAGAAAAGAAGCACACUGACCUUCAAUCAGUUCCGCCCAAUCGUUUAAACAGGUGUUCUUAGUGCACACUGCCCUCUAGUGGGGGCAAAGGGUUGUGGCGUGUCUUACCCUGACGGUGUGGCCACGAAAAUGACGGUAAUAGCACAAUGAAAGGAGCGUGGAAUACAACAGAAAAAGCACAUCAUCUUUUCAAGUGGAGGGUAGGGUACGGUGGCCGACGGGGGAAAACACUCCAAACACAGAACUGACACAAAAACACACAAACACCGCAAAAUACUGCAUAUUAAAAAUGCUGCAAAUGCCAAAAACACAUGCAAAAACUGCAAGUGCAACGGAUGCCAGCCUGUGCAGCUGAGCCAGAGUACAUGGGUAGGCCUCACUCCAUGACGCCUUCAAGGAAAAGUGCACUUUCUUUGGAAAAAGAAACGAGAAAGGAGCGCUACACCGAGUGUUAACUUUUCCAAACUCAAAAACAAAAGCACAGCAGCAGUGGCGGCAGCUCCAGGCACCUUGAGCACAGCGCAGACGUGCCUCGGGUGAGUGUGUGGUGAAGCUAGUUGGCUUGUCGCUAGCCGGUGUGGUGUGGCGAGGUGUCACUGUGCCAGUAAUGUAGUUCUUGGGCGUAACAAUGUUAAUAAUAAUAAUAACAAUGUCGCUGUAGCUUGGUUAAUAUGCUGGUCACAUGAUGGAAACAGAGCAUUGUUGGCGCUGUUUGGAGAUUUUUUCAGAAGGCUUUAUAGACGGAGUAGGUGCGUCCCAUUACGUGCAUUCUUAGCUGUCUCUUUUUAGCUGUUUUUAUAGCUUUAGAACGCACAGAAAAGAGAACAACGUAUGUGUUAAUGUCUCACAUAAGGAUUGUGGAUGAUGGGCAACAUUUUUUAAAAAGUGCAGUUUUCCUUUAAGAGUUGCAACGGCCGUCGAAGGCUUUUAGCAAUGGCUAGCGCUCUCAACUCUCAGUCGGCUCACUGAGACAAAAAGGUAAGCUUGCCAGGCCACCGGUGGAGCCAGACCUACGCUACGCUAACAUUGCUACUUAAAGCGGUUGCUGUAUAAAAUCCUAAAAUAUGACGAAGACAUCAUGAAUAACGUACGUGGUAUCCCGGCUAACCUUCCUUUUGUUCUGUGAACUUGCAACGUUUCUCUCAUGCAGCUGGCAUUUGCAGCCUUUUUCUUUUGUAUUUGCUGCGCACCCUCGUCGACCAUCCCUUUUUUCUUCCAAACACAAAUCCUCCACCAUUCCCUUCUCAGCCCUGAAGAGUACUUGUGUUUUGAUAAGAACAAUGAGUUUCUUUCAGUAUUUAUUGCUAUUAUUUCACAUGAUUUGGGUGUAAAAUCCAAUGAGUCUAUUAGUUACAAAGCAAUCUACUAAAAGGCAACAGUGUCAUUCUGCAUUCAUUCUGCUAUUCACUGAAAUCAACUCCCGUCAAGAAAUGUAUGAGCAGAAAUGUACCGGGGCGGUGGACAGGGGUUGUCUGCUUCGCUGUGUGGCCGCACGUGCCUGAUAACAUCGUACUGUAAAAAGGCAGAUGCCGUCUAAACGUUUGGGCUAAAGGCGAGAGGGCUCAUUUUCUUUGCCAGGGAUGGAAAAGAACGUGACGGGGAGACUGUGCUAAAGCGUUACCUUGCGGAACAGGUGUCUGUGGCUGUGGAUUGGACCUUAAGGUGCACAGAUGGACGCCUAGCCUACCAAGGUCCUUGCAGCUGAAGCUACAAGUAAUACUCCAGCCUCUCUGCGAGAAGUCAUAAUACCUUCAGAGCAGGGGCUUCCAAAGUCAUUUGCGACCUGUGGCUCCUUUUUUUGGGGGCCGCAACAGAGAAAAUAAAAGAUUUCAAGAAAUACAGCUUAAUUUUAUGAUAACUGUAAGCCAUUUUUUGGCCCGCAGCUCGUUUUUUAUUCAUCCAUUACAGAUAGAUUGACUGCAUGAUUAAACACAUGUACUGUUAAAUAUUCCACUCAUUUGCUUUGCCACCUACUGUAUAACACAUAUCAAUGUCAGUAUCAGCAGUCUGGAUGCUGCUUCAGCUGCCGCCUUCACGACUACUAUUACUACACAGGAAGCCGAACAGCUCGUGAACCCGGGUGGUAGUUGCUCACGCUCCCUGGGGCUGUGCCCCCUAGCGUUUUGGUAGAGAAUUGCAAGUCUCAAAGCUAAGCUCGUGAAACAUUACAACAAGACACGUCCUUUUUUCCCCGAAAAACUAAUGCAAUAAUUACUUUCAAUUACUUUUUGGGAAAGUAACUAGUAACUACACCCUAAUUGCUUUUACUAAAGUAAUCUUCCCAACACUGAUGCUAAAUAUACCAAACCAGUUGGACUUCACAACACUUCUACUCUCACUCUCGACUCUGUUUACUCUCUCACCGUCAGAGCUAAAAAUCAGUUCAUUUCGCAUUUAAACCAGGGAUGCUCCGAUGGAUCGGCCACCGAUUAGUAUCAGACGAUUUCCGUAAAAAACACGUGAUUGGCGUAAAUGCGGACAAAUGCCGUUUGAUCACUCCCAUGUCCAACCUAUUGGAGUUCCACUUUUCUUGCAUCGUUCUUUACAGAAUUACCCGCCUAGCUUCUCGUCUUGUUUUUUUUAGCUUUACCUUUACACUGUGUUCCAGAUGAUUAUGCAAAAUGGAUUUUACUAUCACAAACAUAAACAUGUUUUUGUUUUCCAAUGAAAUUGAAGGAUGGCAUUGUGUCUUGGGGCUCUUUGGAUGACUGAUAUCAAUCUGGGACAAGUGUCAUCAUCAGCUUGCCAGGUGAGCCCGAUUAAAAGAAAACUACUUCAAAGUGAUGUUCCACAUUACGAAGCACGCCUCGGACGAGGCAUCAAAACAUUGAUUCAUUCACAAAAACUUUGGAACGGUGAAGAUAUUUGCGGCUGAUGGACAUGACAGGCGGGAUUGUGCUGAUAAAGGCGUCGUGAGAAAAGUUUGUGGCAGCAAAUGUAUGGAAUGAAGAGAGCAGCUGCUAAAAAGCCAUUAAAAAGCAGCAAACGGGUAUCUGAAGCUGCUGGUGCCUCUGAAGCCCCAGGAGCCUCCACAGGCUUGCAGUUCUGCAUGAACCCACUAUUUGGCCACCCCUCACCAAUACCCACAAGCAGAGCGGGCCAACAAAUACAUGAAGAUGAAUUUCCAAACAAUCCUGCUUACUGAUGAGGGGGGGUGCAACCUCGGGUGGUCCGCGUGGAUGAAGGCUGUGAUGUCAGCAAGGAGGCGGCUGACUCACGUCUUGGAUGGGAAUCGUUGGGAGAGAGCUAGUAGGCCCUUGAUGGUCACUGAAGGUGUGAAAAUGACCUCAGCAAAGUAUGUAGAGUUUCUCACUGGCCACUUUCUUCCAUGGUACAAUAUGAAGAACCAAAAGGACCUUCAUGCAUGACAAUGCACCAUCUCAUGAUGCAAAGAAUACCUAGCUCUCUGGCAUUGGCUCUUAUGGCCAUAAAAGGAGAGAAACCCACGGUUUGGCCCCCUUUUCCCCCCCUGACCUCAACUCAGUUGAGAACCCGUGCAGCGUCGUCGAGCAAAAAGUCUAUGAGGGUGGGAGGCCGAUCACAACAAAACAGCAGCUGUGGGAGGCUUUUCUGACAUCUUGCAAAGAAAUCCAAGCAGGAACGCUCCAAAAACUCCCAAGUUCAACGUAAGAAGUGUGAAGGUUAUAUCAAAGAAGGGAUCUCAUGUUAGCAUGUUUCACCAAAUAUGACCUCCUGAUGCUGCUAAUUCAACAAAUGAGCAUUUUGGCUUCUUAACAAGCAGCGAAAUGUGGGACAGUGAAAUGCGGGGCAGUGAAAUGCGGCACAGUGAAAUGCGGCACAGUGAAAUGUGGCACAGUGAAAUGCGGGGCAGUGAAAUGCGGCACAGUGAAAUGCGGCAGGUUCAUGACUUGAAAAUGAGGAUGACCGGUCAUUUAUAUUGAAUAUUUAGCAAAAUCAGAGAAAAGUAUCAUGACAUAAUGAUUUGGAACACAGUGUACGGGGGGCGUGUUCACUUUUCCAAGUGUCACCGAACAACUUGUCUUCAAAACACUGUUUGUGUGUGCUUGUUUAAUGAACAUAAAGACAAUCUGCCCAAAAGUUUAUUUUUAAUAACUACCUGUUUGCCAGGGAUGCUUGGAAUUGUCUAACGGGGCCCCAACCAACAGCACUCAUCAUGAAUAAAUGCAAAAAUGUUCAGUUCGUCCAGUUCGUGUGAUCGGCAUCGGUGUGGAUGAUGGAUGAUGGGUGUCGGAAUCGGCUGCAUAAAACCCUAAUUUAAACGUUACCCAAGUUAGCUUAGCAGGUGAGAAAAAUGUGUUUUUCUUUGUUUAUCUCAAGCUGUUGCGUCUCACACUUUGAAAAACCCCGACGUAACGUAUUUUGAAACACCGUGGAUUGGUUUCAGCGUGUUUAUGACGCAAAAGUAGUUUGCUUGCAGAGCUGAUUGGUUGACAGAGAAAGGAAUUGGGUUAUGAAAAGCAUGGAUUGGGACAGCGCCGAUGGAGUUACGUGCUGGCGGAAUUAUUGCCAGUCGCCCACCUGACUCAAACAGAACCCAUACCUUUUUUUUAGACGGAGGGAGGACGGGAACGAACUCGUUCAUUAGCUGGAGGAGUCUUCGUCUUUCCCUGCAGUCCUCGUAGCUCGUUCGACUCCAUCCCCGGUUGCUGCUCCGCCCUCUCGCCGAUCUCCAAGUACUUGCCGUACUCCCCCCGUGAAGCACUUCCACAUGCUCUGGUUGGUUGAGGGCUGAGCCGUUGGAGAUCCUGACAUGAGAACAUGCAAUGAGGUCCACUGCUAAAUAAGAAUUGAUGAGUCAGCUAUGGGCGGAUCACGCAUUCACCUGGUUAGCGUACACGUUGGACCUUGUCAGCGGGGUAGCGCCCGUCAAGGUUCCAAGCUUCUCCAGUGUGGGGAGGAAACGCCAGCAGCCAGAGUAGUUCAGCCCUGGUGUAGUCGACGAAUGAGCAGCCAUGUUAGUUAGUUAGGUGUUAGUCAAUGACUGCUUUCCUCAGGAGCAACACACCAAGACCACUAAAUCAGCUGACUCAGGGGUGUCUCAAUGCAGUUCUCAUCCCCAGGAAUGUCACUCCUCCACAAAACCACAUCCUGGACCACACCUCACCUGCUGGGACCCCGCGGUUUCUGCUUAGUUUUGGGGAAUGCUGAUUAUUUUGAAAUUGGUGGCUGCCUGGCACAUGACUCUGCAGACAAAUCAGGUGCAAUUUACACUGUGAUUCAUUUCUUCUUUUCACCAGUGGGGCGUCAGAACCAAGAUUAUCUUGUCAAUAUUUCAGCUUGCGGUGCUUAAUGUUGUGCGUAUUGCAGAUGAGGAAGCGGCAAAUCUAUUUUGCAUAUUUCUAUAGUACAGCCUGGUAACAAGGGUUCUAGCAGUCAGAAAAGGACUUUUUGUUUUUUUGUUGUUUUAUUUAAAGACCAAAUUGAUUUCAAGAGCUAACACUGCAAGUGGAAGCCUUUUCUAAUGCAUGUAGAGUCGUUUUCAGGCCAGUAACAGCAUUUCCCCACGUCACAGCAAGACCGUCUGAACAUGAAGCGUGUGUUCUUUUCAGUCUUUGUUGUGCCUUCCAACCUUUUAGGGCUGCUUUAGUCCGGCCCGGCUCGGCAGCCGAGGUUUCGCCGCAAAAACCAUGAGGCCAACGUUUUUAUGUGUGUUGUACUGUUUUUGCCAGAACGCUAAACGUAGGCGUCUGUAUCGUUCCAAAACGGGAUGACGCCAAACUCCAAAUUAGCUGACGCAUUCGUGUUGACGCCACUCUGUUGGGAUUCCCAGAACCAAACGGUUCAUUCAAGCAACACUUUGCAUGUUCUCCACUUGAGUGAAAGCUUCUGUGUUAUUUGAUAUACAGUGGAAUCCCCAAGGUUGAACACAAUCCAACCCCGGUUUCCCCCGCAGCAACUUGUGUCAUUACAGUCGUCCCUCCCUGUUUACUGUGACACUGCUCGAGCAGGAGUUUUAUUUACGUCGUACAUGGCUUAUUUAGUCUUAUUCUGUCUGCUAUAUUGGCCGAUACGAGUGUAAAGCCAUUUAAAGCCGCAAGGACGUACGCUGGAAGUACACUGUCCAGAAAACAACAGCAAUGCCAACGUGUGAGUCUAUGUUGUCUUAUUUAUGUCAAAUAUGUCUUAUUUUCUCUGAUUGUAUCUGCUAUAUUGGGUAAUACAAAUGUCUUGAGGGCUGUAAUCAUAUUAAAGAAACAUAUUUAACUAUUUAAGUAUGAAAAUAUGUAAAUAUUUCAUUUAUUAAUAUUGAAUCCUAUUCAUUUAUCACGAUCGGGUCUGGAACCAGUUCAUUUUUUUCUUAAAAUUGAUGUUAAAAUCUGGUCUCGUCUCAUCCUCGCGAACCCAAUCUUGUGCAUCGUCUUGUCUCGUGAGUUGGGUGCUGCGUGACACCCCCAUUCAUUUACAAUGCUUUUUUAACGGUGGGUUCUUGUGUUUGUUUUUGUAAAUAAUGCAUUUAAUCCCAAUUUUAUCCACUCCGGGCACCACGUAACUUUUGUCUUUGCCAUAAUUCCAGCAGACUGGUGAGUUAGGCUAACAAGGAUGUUUAUGAUAGAACUAGCUGUUAUUUGUCUGUUUUAAUUGAAAAACAUCAUUUAUUGUGUCCCAUUUUGAUGAAUUCAUUGCACUUCUAACUCAUGGGAUUAUCCAUUUUUCAUCAAUCUUCAAUUUGUCUAACUAACUAACUAGUGGUUGUAGGCACUUUGACCAAAUAAAAUCACAGGUACUGGACAGACGGCCAAUGAUAUAUUGGCUGCUCCAUAAGAUGUGGGCGGGGCAACAAACUUUGAUGAUCAAUCAGACAGUUCACCGCUAAACUGCAAACGUUAAUAACUCAGUUCCUCAAGCUCACAUCUUCAUCAUCAUUGGUACAUAAAGUAUGCAGAAGCCGAUGCCUUGAAGCUAAAUGUUGGUCACUUCCUGAAUUUUGUCUCAGCGCCAACCGGGGGUAACAGGAAAUGAAAUGCGCAUGCCCGCCGACUUACGUGAACCCUGAGUUCCACGGCGUUGCAAGGGCCCGUUUUGUUUCUUUACUUUCUGCUUUUCUCCGUCAAGGGUCGCUACAGGGAGUCAAUCGCAUAGUUUUUACACCCGAUGCCCUUCCCGACAUGGCCCCGGACAGGUAUCGAACCCACGGCCUUUGCCGUGCAAGUGUGCACCGUUACACCACCAGGGAUGUUGGCGAUGAAGCCAUAUUGCACUGUGCAGCCGGGACGGAGACGUGUGUCGCCAUCGCUUCAUCACUUCCACAGAGGAAGUGAUGGCGAUCGCCGGUAUUUUUGUGCGACUUCGGUGCUUUUUUUUCCGCUGUCGCUCGUCAAAUUCCAAGCGACAUGGCCUCCGCUGUGUUGGACUGUCGGGGUUCCACUGUGUAUUUACAUCCUUCACGUUUGCUUUUGUGCUCAAGAUGCCAGCCAGCCACGAAUUGGCCGCUCGAUGAUUGUUUUGUAUGUUUCUUGUGUCUAUCUAUGCCUUGACGCCAACGAUUUGUAGUGCCAAGACUUGUUUUCUGUGUGUGUCGUGUAAUGUUUGUCUGGAUUUUUAAAAUAAGUGUAUAAAGCUAGGUUUCAAAAUGUGCAGGACUCCGAAGCAAUCUGAUUCUUGAUUUCACUUUGAAACAUCCUCAUUUCCUGUUUUUUCCCCCCACCUCCCAGCAUGCAUCUCAUUGUGAGGUGAUGAACGGUUCCUGCACGGCAGCCCCUCUGAUUUCUGCACUGAUGUGAAGCAGCAGGGCGUCUUAGUUUUACAGUAUGUCACCGCUCUUCGUGACAGAACAGGAUGAAUGAAUAGGAUGCAUUCUCUUUUGUUUCUUAAUAACCUGGUGCUGAACAAACUCAUUCAGUGGUGCUAACACUGUGGAGUCCACUUUUCGGACUUUCCAAAGAGCAUAAAAAAAGACUCCAGUGUCAACGCAAUGCUCGACAGCAAGCACCUCAAACCCACAGAAAUCUACAGCAAAACUUCCCAAUGGUGCCAUUUUUUUAUUUACCACUCAAUGCACAAACAAGUACAGUACAGCUACAGUCUGCACAUUGUCUCGUUAAUUAUUCUCAGCAUACAGGUGCUUUUUCUUUCCUUUCUUGUCUGUUUGUUAUUUUUAUUCUGGGGCAAUGAAACGCUACAUCACUUUGGCCCAGAAGCACAAACUACAGAAGGAAAUUGACUUAAAAAAAACUAACAAAAAAACAAUAUAUAUCUAGAACGUGAUUGCUGUGUUGUAAAGUCAUCUAUAUGUCCUGUGUGUAUCUAUUGUUUUAUUUAUAUUGUACAAUUGGCUGUAACAUUUUAUUGGAACAUGGAUUUGAUAUUGCAAUGACUGUGGGUGUCACAUUAAUUGCUGCUAAUUUCAAAAUUACGAUGAAAAAAAGUGUUGCUUUGUUGAUAUUCACUCAAUUUCUAGAUUGUGUUAGCUUGUGGGUAUAUAUUUAAAUAACCCCUCCCUGGGCUAUAUAUGAUUUCUAUCGGUGGAGUAUUGCAGCAAUCGGCAGUGUAUGAAUUUCUGACUGCAGAGGAUUUCAUUGUGAUGGUUGAAUAUAAAAUGUAAGUAAAAUAUUUCAUGGAAUUCCCUUUCUUUAAAAAAAAACAAAAAAACAAAACAAGCAAAGCUGAUGUCCAGUAUUGUACCUUUCCCUGUUUUAGGGAACAAUAUGAAUAUUAUUAUUAUGAAUAACAUAUGGUGCUAAAGUUCUUUUUGUAUGUUUUGGUUUUUAGAUGACAUGAGAACUAUUAUGCUGAAAAUAUAAUGUUAAGCCUUACUGUAGAUUCAUAUAUAAGACUGUUCAUCCCAGAAGAGAAAAAUAAAUAUAGUAUUUGAAAGUGCAAUGUGACUGUCAUCUAUUUAUUUCACAUUUCAUUUCAUGAGCCUGGCAAAAGUGUUGUUUUCAAAUGACUUCAUCAGGACAUAUCCGGACUUUAAUAUUUAUUUAAAAUGUAUCAAAAGUGAUGUUGUUGAUGAUGACGAUUACUGUUCAUAUACAAAAUCAAUUGCCUCGUAUUUAACGGCAUAUUACUGAUUCGGCCACCAGGGGCGCUAUUUAAUCGCUUGGGGGAAAUGUUGUUGGGCACCACUUGUUGGUUCGCAUGUAUUAGUCUCUUAUAUAUCACGCAUGCAAUCUGUUGCUUGAUUUUCUAUCUAAAAUUCUUAUGAU